UCAGAUUUGCAUGGAGGGGCCGUGCUUCUGGUGGACAGGGGCUUAAAAGGUGGUUCAGAUCCACAGCACAACCCCAUCGGCGCGAGGACGCAGAGCUGGUGGGAUUGCACCAUGGCCUGGGCCCCUCUCCUCCUCGCGGUGCUCGCCCACAGCUCAGGUUCCCUGGUCCAGGCAGCGCUGACUCAGCCGUCCUCGGUGUCAGCGAACCUGGGAGAAAACGUCCAGAUCACCUGCUUGGGGGAUAGCGGCAGCUAUGGCUGGUACCAGCAGAAGGUACCCAGCACUGCCCCUGUCACUGUGAUCUACUGGAAUGACAAGAGACCCUCGGGCAUCCCUUCGCGAUUCUCCGGAUCCAAAUCUGGCUCCACGGGCAUGUUAACCAUCACUGGGGUCCAAGCCGAGGACGAGGCUGUCUAUUACUGUGGUGGCUACGACAGCAGCAGUAGUGCUGGUGUAUUCGGAGCCGGGACCUUACUGACCGUCCUAGGUCAGCCCAAGAGCCCUCCCAAUGUCCUGCUCUUCCCACCAUCCAGUGACGAGAUCACGGAACAGGGAAGCGCCACCAUAGUGUGCCUGUUGGAAGACUUCUACCCUGGCGCAGCGGAGUUGACCUGGAAGGCUGAUGGACAGGUCAUCACCAGUGGCGUGGAGACCAGCCGGCCCCAGCGGCAGAGCAACAACCAGUACAUGGCCAGCAGCUACCUGACACUGAGAGCCUCCGACUGGAAAGAACAUGAAGAAUACUCGUGUGAGGUGAAGCAUGAGGCUGGAAAUGUGGCUAAGAGCCUGAAGAGAUCCGAGUGCUAACUCCUUCGGGACCUCCCCACCCCUGGCAGCCCUUUACCCCUUCCUCUUCCCCCGCUGCUGGGAGCAGUGGCUCCCCUCUUGCCAGAGAUGUCUCUCCCCACAUCCCCCUGUCCCCUGCUCCUGUCCCCCUGCCCUGAGCGUCACAUUAAUAAACACUGACCCUGAACUA